AUGAAGGGGCAUAAUGGAACUUUUGGGUGUUGCCACUGUAAAAUUGAAAGUAAGUAUUUUAAUCGAAGACGCAUUUACCCGUUUAAACCAAAUCUAUCACCCAGAACUACUAAAGAAUCUAUCGAUGAUGUUGAUGGAAUCAAAGGUCCAACGGUAUUGACACAAAUAGUGUAUGAUGUUUUUAACACAACUGUUGUUGAUUCGAUGCACUGUGUGUACUUGGGCGUCGUUAAACGAGCAUUUAGUUUAUUUUUUGAAUGUAGUUAUAGUCAUUGUAAAUUAUCUUUGUAUGAGCAUUUAAAAUUUGUAGAUAGUAAAAUUCGAUCAAUUUCUCCUCCCGGUUUUGUUUCUCGAUUGACAAGAUCUGUUUUUGAUUUUAAAUACUGGAAAGCAUCAGAGUGGAAACAAUGGUUACUGUACUAUUCUAUACCU